AUGCCGCCUAAGCCAGUCAGGGCAGCCCCAACACACUUUGUGUGUAUACCCCUGGCAAGUCCGCAACUGUCCAGGAGCUUGGCUGCGUUCAAAGCGGAUGUCACCAGUCCCAUGAGUUUUGGGGUGCCGCCGGAUGCGGUCCGUCCUCUAGGCACGAUGCAUUUGACCCUGGGUGUCAUGAGCUUGAGGGAUGAUAGCAUCGAACAAGCUACAGAGGUCUUGAAAAGCCUGCGACUACGAGAAAUGCUUUCCAAUGUCAGGAACGCCCUUCUUCAAAGUAAAGCUGUCCAGAUGGGUCUUGCUUCUGCAGAGAAUAGCUCGACUGCUGGAGAGGGACCGCUUUCUGUAACACUCCAAGGUUUACACGCUAUGCAAACACCAGCCAAGACUUCCGUCCUAUACGCACCCCCCGUUGAUACGGAUGGAAUACUCUACAGGUUCUGCGAGCAGAUAAAGAACACGUUUCAGGAGGCCGGACUCAUGGCCGAGGAGAACCGUCCACUGCUGCUCCACGCAACUGUCAUCAACACCAUCUACGUCAAGAAUGGGCGGGGACGGCGACGCGAGAAGCUGACGAUUGACGCGCAGGACAUGAUCAGUCGGUACGAUGACUACGUCUGGAUGGAGAAUAUGCCUCUCGAAAAGGUGACGCUGUGCCGGAUGGGCGCAAAGAAGAUUGAGGGGACGGAUGACGAGGCGUACGAGGUCGAAGCCGAGGUCGAGUUUUAA